GGCCAAUGGCCCGGCGGCUCGCGCUGUGAGCCGAUGGGGGCGGGGAGAAGCCCGCCAGCGCCCGGACAAAAGCCAGGUCCCCGGCGGCUGCGGGAGGCUGGAGCGCUCCUAGCAGUGGGCGGUGACUUGGGGCCUGUAGACUGAACGCCGCGCAUUGACUUUCUCGGAGAGGUAGCGCAGGGCCUUCUGUAGCCAUGUCGGCCAAGGCGAUUUCCGAGCAGACAGGCAAAGAACUCCUCUACAAGUACAUCUGCACCACCUCGGCCAUCCAGAACCGCUUCAAGUACGCCCGGGUCACCGCUGACACAGACUGGGCCCACGUGUUGCAGGACCACCCGUGGCUGCUCAGCCAGAGCUUGGUGGUCAAGCCAGACCAGCUGAUCAAACGGCGUGGAAAGCUGGGCCUAGUUGGGGUCAACCUCACUCUGGAUGGAGUCAAGUCCUGGCUGAAGCCACGCCUGGGACAGGAGGCUACAGUUGGCAAGGCCACAGGCUUCCUCAAGAACUUCCUGAUCGAGCCCUUUGUCCCCCACACUCAGGAUGAGGAGUUCUACGUCUGCAUCUAUGCUACCCGGGAAGGGGAUUAUGUGCUGUUCCACCACGAGGGUGGGGUGGACGUGGGCGACGUGGAUGCCAAAGCCCAGAAACUACUCGUCGGCGUGGAUGAGAAGCUGAAUCCCGAGGACAUCAAGAAACACCUGCUUGUCCACGCCCCCGAAGACAAGAAAGAAAUUCUGGCCAGCUUUAUCUCCGGCCUCUUCAAUUUCUAUGAGGAUCUGUACUUCACCUACCUCGAGAUCAACCCCCUUGUUGUGACCAAAGAUGGCGUCUACGUCCUUGACUUGGCCGCCAAGGUGGAUGCCACUGCCGACUACAUCUGCAAAGUGAAGUGGGGUGACAUAGAGUUCCCGCCUCCCUUUGGGCGGGAGGCUUACCCAGAGGAAGCCUACAUCGCAGAUCUGGACGCCAAAAGUGGGGCAAGCUUGAAGCUGACUUUGCUGAAUCCCAAGGGGAGAAUCUGGACCAUGGUGGCCGGAGGGGGUGCCUCUGUCGUGUACAGUGACACCAUCUGCGACCUGGGAGGUGUCAACGAGCUGGCGAACUACGGGGAGUACUCGGGUGCCCCCAGUGAGCAGCAGACCUAUGACUAUGCCAAGACGAUCCUCUCCCUUAUGACCCGUGAGAAGCACCCAGAUGGCAAGAUCCUCAUCAUCGGAGGCAGCAUCGCAAACUUCACCAACGUGGCUGCCACAUUCAAGGGCAUCGUGAGAGCAAUUCGAGAUUACCAGGGUCCCCUGAAGGAGCACGAGGUCACGAUCUUUGUCCGAAGAGGUGGCCCCAACUAUCAGGAGGGCUUGCGGGUCAUGGGAGAAGUCGGGAAGACCACUGGGAUCCCCAUUCAUGUCUUCGGCACUGAGACUCACAUGACGGCUAUCGUGGGCAUGGCCCUGGGCCAUCGGCCCAUCCCCAAUCAGCCGCCCACAGCGGCCCACACCGCAAACUUCCUCCUCAACGCCAGCGGGAGCACUUCAACUCCGGCCCCCAGCAGGACGGCAUCUUUUUCUGAGUCCAGGACUGAUGAGGUGGCACCUGCCAAGAAGGCCAAACCUGCCAUGCCCCAAGAUUCAGUCCCAAGUCCAAGACCCCUGCAAGGAAAGAGCGCCACCCUCUUCAGCCGCCACACCAAGGCCAUCGUGUGGGGCAUGCAGACCCGGGCUGUGCAGGGCAUGCUGGACUUUGACUACGUCUGCUCCCGCGACGAGCCCUCGGUGGCCGCCAUGGUCUACCCUUUCACCGGGGACCACAAACAGAAGUUUUACUGGGGUCACAAGGAGAUCCUGAUCCCCGUCUUCAAGAACAUGGCUGAUGCCAUGAAGAAGCACCCGGAGGUGGACGUGUUGAUCAACUUCGCCUCCCUGCGCUCAGCCUACGACAGUACCAUGGAGACCAUGAAUUACGCUCAGAUCCGGACCAUCGCCAUCAUAGCCGAAGGCAUCCCUGAGGCCCUCACGAGGAAGCUGAUCAAGAAGGCAGAGCAGAAGGGAGUGACCAUCAUUGGACCUGCCACUGUUGGUGGCAUCAAGCCCGGGUGCUUUAAGAUCGGGAACACCGGCGGGAUGCUGGACAACAUCCUGGCCUCCAAGCUGUACCGCCCAGGCAGCGUGGCCUACGUCUCACGUUCGGGCGGCAUGUCCAACGAGCUCAACAAUAUCAUCUCUCGGACCACGGAUGGCGUCUACGAGGGUGUGGCCAUUGGUGGGGACAGGUACCCCGGCUCAACGUUUAUGGAUCAUGUGUUACGUUAUCAGGACACUCCAGGAGUCAAAAUGAUUGUGGUUCUCGGAGAGAUAGGGGGCACGGAGGAGUAUAAGAUCUGCCGGGGCAUCAAGGAGGGCCGCAUCACCAAGCCUGUGGUCUGCUGGUGCAUUGGGACCUGUGCCACCAUGUUCUCCUCCGAGGUCCAGUUCGGCCAUGCUGGAGCUUGUGCCAACCAGGCUUCCGAAACUGCAGUUGCCAAGAACCAGGCCUUGAAGGAGGCCGGAGUGUUUGUACCCCGGAGCUUUGAUGAGCUUGGAGAAAUCAUCCAGUCCGUGUACGAGGAUCUCGUGGCCAGAGGAGUCAUUGUACCUGCUCAGGAGGUGCCGCCCCCCACGGUUCCCAUGGACUACUCCUGGGCCCGGGAGCUGGGCUUGAUCCGCAAACCUGCCUCGUUCAUGACCAGCAUCUGUGAUGAGCGAGGACAGGAGCUCAUCUACGCAGGCAUGCCCAUCACCGAGGUCUUCAAGGAGGAGAUGGGCAUUGGCGGGGUCCUCGGCCUCCUCUGGUUCCAGAAAAGGUUGCCCAAGUACUCCUGCCAGUUCAUUGAGAUGUGCCUGAUGGUGACGGCUGAUCACGGGCCUGCCGUCUCUGGGGCUCAUAACACCAUCAUCUGCGCUCGGGCAGGCAAGGACCUGGUCUCCAGCCUCACCUCGGGACUGCUCACCAUCGGCGACCGGUUUGGGGGUGCCCUGGAUGCAGCAGCCAAGAUGUUCAGCAAGGCCUUUGACAGCGGCAUCAUCCCCAUGGAGUUUGUGAACAAGAUGAAGAAGGAAGGAAAGCUUAUCAUGGGCAUUGGUCACCGAGUGAAGUCGAUCAACAACCCAGAUAUGCGCGUGCAGAUCCUCAAAGAUUAUGUCAGACAGCACUUCCCUGCCACCCCGCUGCUCGACUACGCGCUGGAAGUAGAGAAGAUUACCACCUCCAAGAAACCAAACCUUAUCCUGAAUGUAGACGGUUUAAUUGGAGUUGCAUUUGUAGACAUGCUUAGACACUGCGGGUCCUUCACUCGGGAGGAAGCUGAUGAAUAUAUUGACAUUGGAGCCCUCAAUGGCAUCUUUGUGCUGGGAAGGAGUAUGGGCUUCAUUGGACACUAUCUUGAUCAGAAGAGGCUGAAGCAGGGGCUCUACCGUCACCCAUGGGAUGAUAUUUCAUAUGUUCUUCCGGAACACAUGAGCAUGUAACAGAGCCGGGAACCCUAUUACAAUAAAGUGAUGAUGGGAACUCUUCCCCUGAGAAAUAGCCACAGACAUCUGGCACUGGAGCUUGCUUAAAGGAUGGGCCUGGAGUAUAAACAGCCCCCAGUGUACAGACAUUGAAGACCAACACCCACAGGCUAACACUAUUCAGUCUACACAAAGAAGCUUAAUAUUUUUUUUUAUAAGCAUAGAAAUAAGAACCCAGCCAAUACUUGUGACAUUUGCUCUGCUACCUGCUAUAUUUAUUAUAUGGAAGCAUCUAAGCACUGUCAGGAUAGUGUGCUUCCUCAUUGGAGGGUGUUACAAUGUUGCUUUCUUUAUUUUUUCCAUUAGCUUAAAAAAAAAAUUGUUUUUCCCUUGAAGGAAGGGAAUGACACUUUUAAGACCUCAAGAUACUUUCCAUUUAAAGGACCCCUACCCCUAAUACCUUAUUUUUUCCCUUUUCUUCCUCAUAUAACCUAAAGAGCAUUGUAUUAAUCUGAUUUUUUUUUUUUUAGAAUCUUUUUUGUAUGUUGUGUGUUAGGAGUUUGUUUGGUAUCCCCCCCGGAAUGUUCCCUGUUGCAGACCAGUGUCUGCUUGUGUCAGGGGGAAUGGGACCCACUGCAUCCUUAGCCAUUGUUACAGAGUAUGGGGAGUGGUAAUUUAAAAUGUAAACUUGUAACAUACAUAUGUUUAAAAUGGAAGUGCAAAGCAAAAAGCUGUGAAAUGUCUUGUGUCUUAUGUUCUCUGUAUUUAUGCAACUGACUUUUGUCUGUUAUUGACUCUUCUCCAGCCAGUUUGCAUCUGUAAUCCACAAAGAUUCCAGGCAGCUGCCACCUCAGUCUUUCCUCUGUAUUAUCAUAGUUUGGUUUAAAUAAACUAUAUAGUAACAAUGA